AUGCGCAGUGGUCUUACACGAAACGAGCAUCCAUACCCUCAACAUCUUUGUAUUUAUAUCAUGUGUGCCAUGGGCUUGAUUCCGCGUUAAGAAUGUUAAUAUACUUACGUUUAAGAUCUUGAUGCGCGGAUGAGAAGUCGAAGGCGUGCGAUUCCUUCGUUACGAGGAGGAUCGGACUUCAUCGAACGAAAAAAUUGAGUAAAAGGUCGAUAAAAUGUGUCACAUCGAACGCGUCGCCUUUAGUCCGUGAACCGUUCGACGCUCGCAGUUCGCUCUAACCUUCCACGUUUUUAACGGAUUGCUUUGACGCUCGCGAAGAUCCCGACUUCGAUCUCCUCACUCUACGAUUCUGCAGUAGAUCCUCUCGUCGCAUUUUUUCAUGAGUCGCAACGAGAUUGGAAAUAUGUCCGACCAGUUAGCCGAAUCUGUGGAGGAUGACAGCUCUGUCACAAUGCUCGAUGUUCUCCAGGUAGAAAAUCAGCUUGAAGAGGAUGCAUAUGCCGUUCUAGGCGCGUCCGACGAUCAGAAUUGUACUUACAGUAAGGGAUAUAUAAGACAGGCGUUAUACGCAUGCAAAACAUGCUGCUUGGACAAAAUUCGAGCUGCCGUCUGUUUGGCAUGUAGCUUUCACUGUCAUGAAGGCCAUGAACUCGUAGAACUGUAUACAAAGCGACACUUCAGAUGCGACUGUGGAAAUACUAAGUUUGAUGGCAAACAAUGUAAUUUAGAGAAACUAAAAUCUGCUAUCAAUACUGAAAAUAAAUACAAUCAGAAUUUUGAUGGUAUUUAUUGCACCUGCGCAAGACCAUAUCCUGAUCCAGAAGGUGAUGAAGAUGACAUGCUACAAUGUAUUAUAUGUGAGGAUUGGUAUCAUUUGAAGCAUUUGGAAUGUGACAACAAUGCACCAGCAGAUAAUGCUUAUGAUGAAAUGAUAUGUGCAGGCUGUAUGAGGAAACACAACUUUCUGUGGAAAUAUGCAACGAAACAUGCAGUCCUAAAGAAAGCAGAUGUGAAAUCGGAUGUAUCUGAAAAAAAUGAAGAUAUAAACAUCAGUGAGUUGCCCAAAGGAUGUCAAAUGCCAAAAUUUAGCUGUGCAGAUACUAAAGGAAGUUGUUUUUGGAUAGAGGGUUGGAGAACCGCACUGUGCACUUGCGACGAAUGCAAAUCGUUAUAUAAUGCAAAAGACAUUGCAUUUUUACUUGAUCCAAAAGACAGUGUACAAGCAUAUGAGGAAGCAGGAAAAAUGAAUAAGCAGGAAUCUCAAUACGAAAAAGGCAUGAAAGCUCUUGCCAGCAUGGGGCAUGUACAAAAGUUAACAGCGAUUGAAGAAUAUAACAAUAUGAAAGAACGGCUUAUGCAAUAUCUACAGAAGUUUGCUGAAAACAAGAAAGUUGUACGUGAAGAAGAUAUUAAAGAAUUCUUUUCGGAAAUGGAAUCCAAAAAACGUCCUAAAGUGACAGUGCCAACAUAUUGUCGUUAAAAACUUAUAUUUAUACAGGGUGUCCCGCAAUUUUUGGCAAAGCGCUUUUGUGUUGAUAGAGCGGACUAAACAGUUGAAAAGUUGCAAUUUUUCGAAAUAGUUAAUGAGAUAUUAAUUUAUAAAAAUAGCCAAAUUUACCCGGCCUACCGUCAAAGGUAAGCGGGCGGCGAGAUGAGAUCACCCAGAAAGGUGCGCAUUUGCCAUCGCUAGGCAUGUUAAUGCCAAUGUCGUUCAUAAACAAUGUGUUUAGCGACGAAGAACGUGCAUCUCUCUGGACGGUCUUAUUUCGCCGCGCGCUUGCAUUUGGUGGUAGGCCGAGCAAAUUUGGCUAUUUUCAUAAAUUAAUAUCUCGUUAAUCAUUUCGAAAAUUGGUAGAGAACUUCUCGACUCACAAUCAGUUUAAUUCGCUCUAUCUACCCAAAAGCGCUUUGCCAAAAAUUACGGAGCACCCUGUAUGUACCCCCAUAGUUAACAAUGAUCUAAAUAAAAAUAAGCACUUUAUUGUUUCUAUAGCAGGAUAUCUUGAGUUUUGAGAAUUUUAUAUCUAACGUUUAAUUGGUACAUGUCACUACAUUGAAAAAUCUCUGAAUAAAAAUUUUCAUAUAUAAUUACAGGAAAAAAUGAAAAGAAAUGUGAAGAAAACGUAAUUUGCAGAUAUAAAUAUGUCAAGGAAAGA